UCCUCCCCUGCCAACUGGAGCGAGGGGCAGGGAUGAGCCUGUCCCUCCGGCCCGUCCCCGGCUGCCCAGUAGCGUUUCGCGUGGAAAAGGCACUUUCUCCGCCCGCCGAGAUGGGCCCGAAUGGGGGCUGCAGAGGACGCGUCCGCGGGCGGCGGCAGCAGCAGCAACAGCCGCAGCGCCGCGGUCUCCAAGAUUGAGCUGGUAUUUGGGCGGCUGGUGGCGGCGGGGACGGUUGGGGGGUGGGAGGAGGCGGAGGAGGAGGCGGAGGAGGAGGGAGAACCCCGUGCAACGUUGGGACUUGGCAACCCGCCUCCCCCUGCCCAAGGAUAUUUAAUUUGCCUCGGGAAUCGCUACUUCCAGAGGGGAACUCAGGAGGGAAGGCGCGCGCGCCUGGAGGGGCAACGCAGGGACCCUCGGCCGCAGCCGCAGCCGCCGCCACCUCCCUGCGCCGGACUCCAGCCCGGGCGGCGAGAGAUGCAUCUUUGCUCCUUCUCGGCCCGGGCGGCUGAGGGGAGACUGCUCUCGGAGGACCGGGACCGCACUCAACCCGGACGCACCGCCUCCCUCCGGGGCGUAAAACGCCCGUAAACUCCGGCCGGGUUCUCUCUUGGGCGCAGCUGCUGCGUCCUCUUGGGCUGCCCCUCCCCGGCGCGGGGAGCGGCGUGGAUUUCAGAGUCGGAUUUCUGCUGCCUCCAGCCCUGUUUGCAUGUGCGGGGCCGCGGCGAGGAGCCUCCGCCCCCCACCCGGUUAUUUCUCGGCACCUCCCUCCGCGCGGCGGCGGUGGCGGCGGCAGCAUGGCGAGCCCUCCGGAGAGCGACGGCUUCUCGGACGUGCGCAAGGUGGGCUACCUCCGCAAACCCAAGAGCAUGCACAAGCGCUUUUUCGUGCUGCGGGCGGCCAGCGAGGCUGGGGGCCCGGCGCGCCUCGAGUACUACGAGAACGAGAAGAAGUGGCGGCACAAGUCGAGCGCCCCCAAACGCUCGAUUCCCCUCGAGAGCUGCUUCAACAUCAACAAGCGGGCUGACUCCAAGAACAAGCACCUGGUGGCUCUCUACACUCGGGACGAGCACUUUGCCAUCGCUGCGGACAGCGAGGCGGAGCAAGACAGCUGGUACCAGGCUCUCCUGCAGCUGCACAACCGCGCCAAGGGCCACCACGACGGGGCCACGGCACCCGGGGUGGGAGGCGGCGGGGGCAGCUGCAGCGGCAGCUCCGGCCUCGGCGAGGCUGGGGAGGACUUGAGCUACGGGGAUGUGCCUCCAGGACCGGCGUUCAAAGAGGUCUGGCAGGUGAUCCUGAAGCCCAAGGGCCUGGGUCAGACAAAGAACCUGAUCGGCAUCUACCGCCUCUGCCUGACCAGCAAGACCAUCAGCUUCGUGAAGCUGAACUCGGAGGCAGCGGCUGUGGUGCUGCAGCUGAUGAACAUCAGGCGCUGCGGCCACUCGGAGAACUUCUUCUUCAUUGAGGUGGGCCGUUCUGCUGUGACGGGGCCUGGCGAGUUCUGGAUGCAGGUGGAUGACUCGGUGGUGGCCCAGAACAUGCACGAGACCAUCCUGGAGGCCAUGCGGGCCAUGAGCGACGAGUUCCGUCCUCGCAGCAAGAGCCAGUCGUCGUCCAACUGCUCCAACCCUAUCAGCGUCCCCCUGCGCAGGCACCAUCUCAACAACCCCCCCCCCACCCAGGGGGGGCUCACCCGCCGAUCACGCACCGAGAGCAUCACCGCCACCUCCCCAGCCAGCAUGGUGGGUGGGAAGCCAGGCUCCUUCCGCGUCCGCGCCUCCAGCGACGGGGAAGGCACCAUGUCCCGCCCGGCCUCAGUGGACGGCAGCCCUGUGAGUCCCAGCACCAAUAGGACCCACGCCCACCGGCAUCGCGGCAGUGCCCGGCUACACCCGCCACUCAACCAUAGCCGCUCCAUCCCCAUGCCAUCUUCUCGCUGCUCGCCUUCGGCCACCAGCCCGGUCAGUCUGUCGUCCAGCAGUACCAGUGGCCACGGCUCCACCUCGGACUGCCUCUUCCCACGGCGGUCUAGUGCUUCUGUGUCCGGUUCCCCCAGCGAUGGCGGGUUCAUCUCCUCGGAUGAGUAUGGCUCCAGUCCCUGCGAUUUCCGAAGUUCCUUCCGCAGUGUCACUCCGGACUCCCUGGGCCACACCCCGCCGGCCCGCGGUGAAGAGGAGCUGAGCAACUAUAUCUGCAUGGGUGGCAAGGGAGCCUCUACCCUGACCGCCCCCAACGGUCACUACAUUUUGUCUCGCGGUGGCAAUGGCCACCGCUACAUCCUAGGAGCUGGCUUGGGCACAAGUCCAGCCUUGGCUGGGGAUGAAGCAACCAAUGCUGCAGAUCUGGAUAAUCGGUUCCGAAAGAGGACUCACUCGGCAGGCACAUCCCCUACCAUUUCCCACCAGAAGACCCCAUCCCAGUCCUCAGUGGCUUCCAUUGAGGAGUAUACAGAGAUGAUGCCUGCCUACCCACCAGGAGGUGGCAGUGGAGGCCGACUGCCGGGCCACCGGCACUCUGCCUUCGUGCCCACCCACUCCUACCCCGAGGAGGGUCUGGAAAUGCACCCCUUGGAGCGUCGGGGGGGCCACCAUCGUCCGGACAGCUCCACCCUCCACACUGAUGAUGGCUACAUGCCCAUGUCCCCAGGGGUGGCCCCAGUGCCGGGCAGCCGAAAGGGCAGUGGGGACUAUAUGCCCAUGAGCCCCAAGAGCGUGUCUGCCCCACAGCAGAUCAUCAACCCCAUCAGACGCCAUCCCCAGAGAGUGGACCCCAAUGGCUACAUGAUGAUGUCCCCCAGUGGCAGUUGCUCCCCUGACACUGGAGGUGGACCCAGCAGCAGCAGCAGCAGUGCUGCUCCUUCGGGGAGCGGCUAUGGGAAGCUGUGGACAAAUGGGGUAGGGGUCCACCACUCUCAUGCCCUGCCUCAUCCCAAACCCCCAGUGGAGAGCAGUGGUGGCAAGCUCUUGCCUUGCGCAGGUGACUACAUGAACAUGUCACCAGUGGGGGACUCGAACACCAGCAGCCCCUCUGACUGCUACUAUGGGCCUGAGGACCCCCAGCACAAGCCAGUCCUCUCCUACUACUCAUUGCCAAGGUCCUUCAAGCACACCCAGCGCCCUGGGGAGCUGGAGGAGGGUGCCCGGCACCAGCACCUCCGCCUUUCCGCUAGCUCUGGUCGCCUUCUCUAUGCUACAACAGCAGAAGAUUCUUCCUCAUCCACCAGCAGUGACAGCCUGGGUGGGGGAUACUGUGGUGCUAGGCCGGAGCCUGGCCUCCCACAUCCCCACCAUCAGAUCCUGCAGUCCCAUCUGCCUCGAAAGGUGGACACGGCUGCCCAGACCAACAGCCGCCUGGUUCGGCCCACAAGGCUGUCCCUGGGGGAUCCCAAGGCCAGCACCUUACCUCGGGCCCGUGAGCAGCAGCAGCCGCCGCCGCCGCCUCAGCCUCCUCUGCCGCACCCUUCAGAGCCCAAGAGCCCAGGGGAAUAUGUGAAUAUUGAAUUUGGGAGUGAUCAGCCUGCCUACUUAUCUGGCCCUGUGGCUUCACACAGCUCACCUUCUGUCAGGUGCCCAUCCCAGCUCCAGCCAGCUCCCAGAGAAGAAGAGACUGGCACUGAGGAGUACAUGAAAAUGGAUCUCGGGCCAGGCCGGAGGGCUACCUGGCAGGAGAGUGCCGGGGUCGAGAUAGGCAGAGUGGGUCCUGCACCUCCUGGGGCUGCUAGCAUUUGCAGGCCUACCCGGGCGGUGCCCAGCAGCCGGGGUGACUACAUGACCAUGCAGAUGAGUUGUCCCCGUCAGAGCUACGUGGACACGUCACCAGUCGCCCCUGUCAGUUAUGCUGACAUGCGGACAGGCAUUGCUUCAGAGGAGGUGAGCCUGCCCAGGGCCACUGCAGCUGCAUCUGCCUCAUCCUCCGCAGCUGCUACUUCCUCCACUGCGCCUCAAGGGACAGCUGAGCUGGCUACCCGCUCAUCCCUGCUGGGGGGCCCACAGGGACCCGGGGGCAUGAGCGCCUUCACUCGGGUGAACCUCAGUCCCAACUGCAACCAGAGUGCCAAAGUGAUCCGUGCAGACCCGCAAGGGUGCCGGAGGAGGCAUAGCUCCGAGACCUUCUCCUCCACACCUAGUUCCACUCGGGCAAGCAACACGGUGCCCUUCGGAGCAGGGGCUGCCAUAGGGGGCGGUGGCGGUGGCGGCAGCAGCAGUGAGGAUGUAAAACGCCACAGCUCUGCUUCCUUUGAGAACGUCUGGCUGAGGCCUGGGGAGCAUGGGGGAGCCCUUAAGGAGCCAACCCAAGUAUGUGGGGCUGCUGGGGGUUUGGAGAAUGGUCUUAACUACAUAGACCUGGAUUUGGUCAAGGACUUCAAACAGCGCCCUCAGGAGCGUCCCCCUCAGCCGCAGCCUUCCCCGCCUACACCCCCUCAUCAGCCCCUGGGCAGUGGUGAGAGCAGCUCCACCCGCCGCUCCAGUGAGGAUUUAAGCGCCUAUGCCAGCAUCAGUUUCCAGAAGCAGCCAGAGGACCGCCAGUAGCUCAACUGGACAUCACAGCAGAAUGAAGACCUAAAUGACCUCAGCAAAUCCUCCUCUAACUCAUGGGUACCCAGACUCUAAAUAUUUCAUGAUCCACAACUAGGACCUCAUAUCUUCCUCCUCAGUAGAUGGUACGAUGCAUCCAUUUCAGUUUGUUUACUUUAUACAAUCCUCAGGAGUUUGUUGACUGAACUGCACGUUCUAUAUUGUGCCAAGCAAAAAAGCACUGUGACACCAGAACAAUGAGUCUGCAUAAACUUCAUCUUCAACUGUAAGGACUUAGCUGGCCACAAUGAGCUGAUGUGCCCACCACCAUGCCACGAGAAAAUGGGUUGACUCUCACUGCAUUUGCAAGAUACAUUUCAUCUGCUGCUGAAACUGUGUACGACAAAGCAUCUUUGUAAAUUAUUUCAUAUGAAACUGUUCACAUUGAGUGGAGAGAGUAUUAAAUAUUUAACAUAGGUUUUGAUUUAUACGUGUACUUUUUUAAAUGAAAAUGUAACUUUUCUUACAGCACAUCUUUUUUUUGGAUGUGGGACUGAGGUAUACAAUGUUCUGUUGUAAAGAGUGGAGCAUAUGCUUAAAACAAGGCUAAAAAGAGUAGAAUAGGGUAUGAUCCUUGUUUUAAGAUUAUAAUUCAGAAAAAUAAUAUAAUAAGAAUCAUAGUGCCAUAGAUGGUUCUCAAUUGUAUAAUUAUAUUUGCUGAUACUAUCUCGUGUAAUAUAAACCUGAUGUUGAGCUGAGUUCCUUAUAAGAAGCAAUCUUAAUUUUGUAUUUUUCCUGUAAGACAAUAGGACAUGUUAAGUAAACUGACGAAGGAUAUAGUCUACUGGGUGUUUUCAAGUUAAAAUUGGCAACUGAAUGGAAGCAAAAUUACAAGAAAAGGAAAUCAAAGUCUUCCAUUGUAUAUAUUGUAAAGAGAAGGAGACAUGGGUGAUUCCUUCAAAUCAAAAGCUCUCUUUGGAAUGAACAAUGUGGGUGUUUGUAAAUUCUGCAAAUGUCUUUCUAUUCAUAAUAAACUAGAUACUGUUGAUCUUUUCUUCUCUCCCUCCCCACCCCAAUUUCUGUAAGUUUCCUGCUCUGUUCCAUUUUUUUUUUCUGUGCACACAUUCUGAUAUUUCAUUUCCUGCAUUGUCUUGAGAAAGAUAGUAAGAUAAGUGAGUGCUUGCUAACCAGAAAUUAAAAUUCCAGAAAGGUUUUUUUUUA